AUGAACGAGACGAUUCAUUGUUAUUCUUGUCCUCUCUUUCGAAGUCAGGAUCACCGCCCCAAAAUGUACAACGUUGAAUCCGACCCCCGUGUCCAACGCCACAAGAUCUGCUGUCAUAAUCGACAUAAAAGCCAAUGUGCCCAUAUUCAGCCCCGAGCUCGAUCUUCUGAAUCGAGUGAAGACGAAGAGCACCAUUACCAUACUCAAGGGAUCCACUCCAUUGAGCGACAACGCGAUCCACCCACAGCCAACCACUUCCACCCCAAAAGUCCGAAUGACAUGACUAAUCGCGUCCACCGUUACGCUGCAUCACCAGAACGAGGUACUUUUGCUCAUGCUACCGUGUGUAAGUCACAUGAGGACGGGUGCGGUAGCAAAACAAAAGCCGUUAGAUUCGAAAAGGACGACAGUAUGCCCGAAAAUGCCGAGACUCACUAUUCUAAUUGUCCUAUACACGGUACUCUGUCCGCCGCGGAGGACCGACAUCAUCCUACUUACAAUUCUCGGCAACACCAGUCCCAAUCUCGGGAAUCGAGAACUUACAGGUGGGUAUGGGGUCCUCCAUUACCCGCGAUGGCGUAUCGACGUGGAAAGAUUUAUUAUGCAGAGAACCAUUGA